AUGGCCAACGACGAGUUGAUCCACAAGCUUACCUGGUCACCCGCCGCACUGUCCAAAGAGCCCUUAAGCAUUGCACAUGUGGUGUUUGUGGUCGCGGACAAGGAGAGUGAAAGCUUAUCUGCGUACCAGACGCAGCUUGUCAACGAGGGUAUCACCACAGUCAUUACCGAUGAUGCAAUGGAAAUUGACCCCUUGAUAACCCCGGAAACGAUUGUCGUCUAUGUCCCACCCACGGCUAAGACUAAGGAUGAGUUAUACGCGGCCGCAACUCAAGCAUGCACCGGAUUGAUCAACGUUGCACAACAGCUCUAUCGUAGCAUCCUUUCCGCUAAGAGCGAGACAGUUAAGCUAUUCCCUAUUGUUGCAAAGGACCAGGGCAUAGGCGACCUCGUAUACGCUCCACUGCAUGGCUUGUCGCGGGUGUCGAAGACUGAAAUCCCAGAGAUUUUUGGCGGCCUGUUUGAGGACGACCGCGGGUUCUUUCCGUUGUCCGCAGUGAAGUACGUACAGGGCUUCGAUGUGGUUAGAGUCUGCGAAGGCGAAGCACGGGUCGCUUAUCUUCAACCCUUUAUGGAUGAGCCCAGUGAUAAGAAGGGACUUCAGCUACAUGCAAACAGCUCGUACCUGAUCACCGGAGGCACCGGAGGUAUAGGCCUGGCAACAGCAACUUGGCUGGCGCAGCGAGGCGCCCGGAACAUAGUACUUGUGUCCCGCCGUGGCCUUCCACCAAGCAGUGACAGCAAGCCAGCUGAGGCAAAUAGCGCGGACCCAAUCUCGCGUAUUGCCAAGCUCAAGGCUGUGGGCGUUUCGGUACAUGUGCUGGCUGAUGAUAUCAGCAAGCCCAACGCUGAUGUGACACUAAGCCAAGCCAUCAACGACUUGGGUAUUCCACCGAUAAAGGGAGUCAUUCACGCAGCCGGUACCGCGGGUUACCAUACGCUGACGCGAUGCACUCCUGCUGAUAUUGCGGACAACUUAGCGCCGAAAGUGAUCGGCAGCUUGAAUCUAGACUCACUCUUCCCACCCAGGACUCUGGACUUCUUCGUAUUCACUUCUUCAGUUAGACAGCUUGUCGGAUUUCAAGGACAGUUGGCAUACGCACCCUCCAAUGCCUUCCUGGACGCACUGGCAGCCCACCGAAGGCGCCAUGGUGAUAACAGCAUGGCUAUCUUAUGGACUGGCUGGCAGGGAACAGGCGUCUGGAAUCAGAGCAAGGCAGCAAUGCGAAGGCUCAACAAGGCCUCUACUUCGAAGGGAAUAGCAGACAUCAGUCCGGACGGGGCAUUUGCGGCGUGGGACCACAUAGCCAGCCUUAAGACUGACCACGCAGUGGUGGUGCGCGUUUUGGAACUCGAUGAUGAUGAGCCCGUACGACAUCCUAUACUUAAAGACGUCACACCUCGAAAACAAGCACAUCAACUCACCACUAUGAAUUACAAGGAUUACCCUAAGCAUGCAAUUGCGGUGAUAGGCAUGGCUUGUCGUACAGCUGCUGGGAACACUGAGAAUGAUCUUUGGCAGGCCAUCCUGGAGGGCAAGAGUAUAGUGCAUGAGGUAGACGAGAAGCGAUUCCCCGGUGUGGUCCGCGAUGGCAAGAUGUGGGGAAGCUUUAUGUCUGAUAUUGACUCAUUCGAUCAUCAAUUUUUCCAAAGAUCCAAGCGGGAAGCCGCUGCUUCAGACCCGCACCAGCGACAACAGGGAGAAACUCACGACCCAGAUAGCCACACAACUGGCUGCUUCAUCGGAAUGAGCGCUCCUGACCACAUCUUACAUUUGGCGAGCAAUCCCCACCCACCUUACACGGGACUGGGCAUGAUGCGAUCAUUCGUGGCUGGCCGAUUGAGCCAUUACUUUGGCUGGACGGGCCCCUCACACACUAUUGAUACAGCUUGCUCGUCGGCUAUGGUUGCCAUUCACCAAGCCUGCCGUGCUAUUCAGGUUGGUGAGUGCACGCGGGCCGUCGCGGGUGGUGUUCAUCUACUUUUGAACAUGGAAAGCUCUGACGCACUGCGUGCCAGCGGGUUCACCAACGAAACCGGGACCUGCAAAGCGUUCGACUCGCGGGCUGAUGGGUAUUGUCGUGGGGAGGGCGUUGGCGUUGUCAUAUCGAAGCCUUUGGCACGGGCCUUACAAGAUGGGGACAACAUCCAAGGUGUGCUACUAGCCACCGGUAACAACCAAAACAUCAACAGCACCAGCAUCACCAACCCUGUUUUGGCGAGCCAGGUGGCGUUAUACAAAGAUGUGCUGGGACGCGCUGGAGUCAAGCCAGCAGAUGUCUCCUAUGUCGAGACUCACGGAACGGGCACGCGCGCCGGCGAUCCUGUCGAAAUCCAGGGUAUUCGAGAGGUAUUCGGUGGGAAGGAUAGACCAUCAAUCUUGACUAUUGCUAUACCGACGUCUCCGCGCGAAUGGCGCGAUGGUAUGCGCCUGGCCGUGGUCAACAAUUACGGUGCUUCGGGCAAUAAUGCUAGCGCUGUCGUUGCGCCGCCGCCUCUUCAGCAAUCUUCGGCAUCGCCAACGCUCCCAUCCGCUUCUACCUGGCCUGUUUUUAUUUCCGCCGCUUCACGUGCUAGCCUAUUGGAGUACUGCAAUACAUUGAGUCGCAAGAUUAUCGAAGAAUCACCUGCUCCUGAGUUGUUUCCUCACCUGUCUUUUGCUUUGGCGACGAGACAGAACCGUCAGCUUCGGCAUCUCUUCUGUACAUCAGCGACUUCAUUGAGCAAUAUACAAUCCCAGCUUUCCGACCCAGAGAAGAAUAUUGUCCCCUCACCACAACCAAAGCCAGUCGUGCUCCUUUUCAGUGGACAGAACGGCGAUACCGUGCCUUCAGUUGGACCGCUAUAUGAGAGCAGUCUGUUAUUUCGAACUCAUCUGCACCGGUGCGAGGAUGUGAUGCAGUCGCUUGGGCUCCCAAGUCUUUUCCCAGUUAUCCUUCAGGCAAUCCAAGGCGGGGCUGAUCUCAUCCUCCGGCACAUUAGCAUGUUCGCCAUUCAGUACUCGUGUGGAAUGUCGUGGGUUGACUCUGGAGUAAAGCCCCAGGCUCUUUGCGGACACUCCUUGGGCCGAGCAGCUCUUAUCAAGGAGCUUUGGAGCGAUGACCCCGGAUCGAUGGUAGCAAUCGAAGCUAAUUUGGUCGGUACUAACACAACCCCAGAAAGACACUUAGAGCCAUUUUACAAGAUUCAUCCAGGCAUAAAGCUGGAUAUAGCGUUCUUGAGAGGCAUGCAUGCGUACCAUUCCAGCAUGGCAGACAUAAUCGUGGAUGAGUGCGCCAAGCUGUCGGCUUCGAUACAAUUUCAGGUAACCUGUAUAUUUUGGCCAAGCGAUGUCACGCAUAGUCGACCGUCUGGGGGCGUGCACAUUCCUGGAAGCCGGCGUAAAUGGCCCCAUAGUCGCGAUGGCACGGAGCGCGUUGCCACAGGCCCCAGCUCAAGGGAAUCACACCUUCCUGGGCAUCAGUGGGAGGGACCUGGUGCGAUCACUGGCCAAUGCCACGGUCACGCUGUGGAAGACCGGGCAGACAAACGUGCAAUAUUGGCUUUUCCACCAACCCAAUGUCAGCGGACGAGCUACCGGCCUGUGGCCCUGCCACCCUAUCAUUUUGAAAAGCACAGGCACUGGCUGGAUUACCACGGUCUGUCUGAUGACAGAGAUAAGAAGACUGGAGAGAACGGGCCAGAACAUCCAGCUGUUUGUCCUCAUUGUCAGAGAGACACCGCUGAUCGUCCGUUUAUCAAGCAAGACAAGUCUCACACCCAGAAGGCGGGCGAGUCGGUUUUCACUAUCGACAUGCACAGUAGGCGCUAUCAAGAUCUCGUCAAGGCCUCAGUGUAUCUGGAGCUGGCUGCGCAUUCUGUUGCCUUAUUGCUGAACAAUAAGAUAACGUCCAGCAUAGUGGUAGACGACAUACAUUUCAAGGCCCCCUUGAGUUUGGAUACGCAGCGUUCCGUGAAGCUGACACUGACAAACAAGCAACGGUACACGUGGGGGUUUGAAUUCAUCUCCAACAAGGAUGAAAAGUCAAUAUUGCACGCUAUUGGCAACAUCUCACUCAGAGACAACAGCAGUGGAAAGGCUGAGGAAGAACAAGAAAUGAAAGACAAGUGGACCCGCAUGAUUAACCUACUCGAUAAUGAUCCCGACACGGACGCUUUGCGCGGUGCAAUGGUAUAUAAAGUGUUCGGUAAUAUGGUGAAGCACGCAGCUGCAUACCGCGGCUUGCGGCAUUUGGUUGGAAAAGGCACCGAAGGCGCAGCGGACAUCUCCAUACCGGUGAAGGAACUCAAUACUGUGGCUAGAACACCCAACGAUAAUGUUGUUUAUGCUCUUGUGAUGAACAACUUCCUCGAAGUCCCGGGUGCAUAUAUUAACUGCUUAAACGUCUUUGGUGACGAGGAUGACAGCAAGGCUUAUAUUUGUACGAGCUUGGGGUCUGUGGGCCCUCUUAACAAGCUCUCAGACGGCAGAUAUUACAGGGUAUAUGCGCAGAUCGUCCGGCAGAGCUCCAAUGAGGCUAUAUUAGUUGUAUUGGCCUUUGAUUCACAGACUAUGGAAUUAGUCUUGUCUGCCAAAGACAUCAAAUUCUCAGGGAUCUCCACCGGCACGUUGACCAAGUUACUGGCCGGCGCGGAUCCCAAUUCAACGGCCAACGGUCACACUGGCCCAUCGCAAGUUGCGGAAACACCUGAAUCCUGGCAACCAACGGAAUCAAACCCUGGGACGCUAAGCCGGGCCCUUGAUGUUCCUGUCGCAGAAGUGACCAAGGGUGCCUCGCUCGAGGAGCUCGGUGUCGACUCGCUAAUCAGCUCAGAGAUAUUGGCUAGUAUCCAUGACUCUCUUCAAGUCAGUAUUUCUGUCGAUGAUUUUGCUGCAGCUACCGACGUUGCCUCCCUAUGUGAGUUGAUCUCUGCCCGGGACGAUGAAGUUCUUCUGGGGCCAGAACAUGUCUCAGAGACUGAUAAAGAUGAGAAUUCUGACUGGCAAAAGACCGCUAUCGAGAUACUUGGUCGGUCUCUCGACGUACCGGUGGCAGACAUUCAGAUGGAUUCUCAGCUUGAGGAGCUCGGCGCCGAUUCGCUCAUUGCGGCGGAGAUAGCCAGCAACAUCAAUGAUGCACUGAAUCUGACUAUCUCGUCGACCGACUUUGCUUCUUUGACAAAUGUGAGAUCGUUGUGUGACCUCAUUACGCAUGUUUCGGGGCGCGUGCCAACGCAGGCCACUGCUGCAUCUCCAUCAGGAAAUACCACUUCAGAGAUGAGUAACGGGGUAGCUUCAAACGGCCAUCCAACCACUCAAUAUGAGGACAAUAGCCAGAUAUACGCGAAGGAUAAUGCAGAGCUAAUCCAUGAAGUUUUCCAGAAAUUUCGCCGCGGCUUUGAUUCUCAUGCAAAAGAGGUCAAACUGGCAGGCUUCUGGGACAAUGUAUACCCAAGGCAAUUAAGCGUUGUGACAGCCUACAUCCUCGAAGCGUUCGAGAGACUCGGAUGCCCUCUCAAAAUUUUCAGUCAAGGAGAAACGCUCCCUCCACUACACAGCACGCUGCAUAAGUACCAAAGAGAGGUAUCGCGGCUAUGGGAGAUCCUGGAAGAAGCUGGCCUCGUCGAGAUGCACGGUGGUACUUUUAUACGGGGUUCUGCACCUCACGUACAAGAUAAAUCAGCCAAUGAUCUGAACACUGAUCUCUUAUUGAACUAUCCUCAGUACACAUCAGCACUUGGUUUGCUUGAUCUUCUCGGACCGCAACUGGCUGAGUGCCUCACCGGAAAGGCCGAGGCUACCUCUAUCCUAUACGAUAGCGACAAGGGCAGGAAGCUUCUUGAGAGCUUCUAUGCCAACGAUCCUGGUCUUCUUGCGGCCAACCGGGUGCUUGGCGAUUUUUUCUCCACGAUUAUGAAGGCUAGAACAUCCGACGAACCCUUCCGCGUGCUCGAAAUUGGCACCGGGCUUGGCAGCUCCGCCAGGCAUCUCCUCUCACAGCUUCAAUCCUGCGGCGUGCCUUUUACGUACACAUUGUCUGAUUCUUCUGUGGCACUGCUGAGGCGUUCCAAAGCGAGACUACAGGACAUCGAAGGAUUGGAGUUCCGCCAAUAUGACAUCGGGGAAGACCCUCCCGUGGACCUGCUGGGACGCUACCACGCCGUGAUAUCUAACAGCUAUGUCCAUGCGACGCGCAACCUGCAGAACAGCCUCGCCAACAUCCGCAAGUUGGUGCGGCCCAACGAUGGAUGUGUGGCGCUGAUAGAGCCAACACAAAGACUAGCCUGGUAUGACCUCGUUUGGGGCUUGCUCGAUGGGUGGUGGCAGUUCGAGGAUGACCGCACACACGCACUGCAAAGCCCGUGGGCAUGGAGAAGUGCCCUGCAGAACGCCGGGUUUGCACACGUUGACUGGUCUGAGAGCUCCAGUCGUGAGUCUCGUACUGUUCGGGUGAUCUGCGGGAUGACAGCUGAACCGGAGAGGCGAUGUCCGGCCGAGGCAACGUCUAUGCUCUUGCACCGGGGGACUUCUGCGUCUGGAAAACGAAAUCUGUUCCUGGCCCCGGACGGUUUUGACAUUUCUGUCUACGCGCUCAAUAGUCCCUUCAUGCAUAGUAAGCCUGACCUGGAUAAGCCGCUAACCAUUGAGGAACUCGCUGCCAUCUACGUGGGCGAAAUCAAGCGCCGACAGCCUGAGGGCCCAUAUCUGUUGGGCGGAUAUUCUGUCGGUGGCGUGUUAGCCUUUGAGGCGGCACGACAACUUCUCGAAGACGGCAACUACGUCGGGAAAUUAUUUCUGAUCGACACUGCAUGUCCGACAUUCAUCCGUUACUUCCCCAACGCCCUGGUCAUGUUCCUAGAUUCCAUCGAGCAAGUGCGCGUGAGGAAUGGCAGUGAGUUCCGACCAAACCGCCAAGGCAGAUUGGUGGCGAACGAUCACUUCUUCUUGGCCCGGCAGCAGAUGCGAGCAUAUCAGGUGCGCAGGCUACCUGGACGGAAGAUGCCGCAGGUAGUGCUGAUCUCUGCGAAAGAGGGUGCGGACAAGCAGGAAGGAGUGCCUCGCCCGGCAUUUCUGCCGGAAGACGAGAAGGCCGUGGACUGGUUUCUGAAUGAUCGUACCGACAACGGAUAUUUUGGUUGGAACGAGGUUCUGGACGAUAUCAAGGUGGUUCGGGCCGACGGUAACCAUUUCACCAUGAUGUUGCCCUCAAUGAUCAGUGGAUGGGGCGCGGAACUCGCUAGCAUGUUGGAGGAAUAG